CGGCUCGCCAGUGUCAGUCCCGCAGAGAGCGCCGGUGGCGGGGCGGACAGCCCAGCAGCCGCGGGUCGGGCUCGGAGCGCUGGCGUUGGGAGCGAGCCCGGGAGCCCCGGAGGCCCCGAUAACCCCGGGGAACCCGCGCGGGGAGCGCCCAGGAUGCCCCGCGGGGACUCGGAGCAGGUGCGCUACUGCGCGCGCGUCUCCUACCUCUGGCUCAAGUUCUCACUCAUUAUCUACUCCACAGUGUUUUGGCUGAUCGGGGCCCUGGUGUUGUCCGUGGGGAUCUAUGCAGAGGUGGAGAGGCAGAAAUACAAAACCCUCGAAAGUGCCUUUCUGGCCCCGGCCAUCAUCCUCAUCCUCCUGGGGGUCGUCAUGUUCAUCGUGUCCUUCAUUGGUGUGCUGGCUUCCCUGCGGGACAACCUGUGCCUUCUCCAAGUGUUUAUGUAUAUCCUCGGGAUCUGCCUCAUAAUGGAGCUCAUUGGGGGCGUGGUGGCCUUGAUCUUCCGGAACCAGACCAUUGACUUUCUGAACGACAACAUUCGGAGAGGGAUUGAGAACUACUAUGACGACCUGGACUUCAAAAACAUCAUGGACUUUGUUCAGAAGCAGGGUCCCCUCCUGCUGCCUGCCUGGGGCUGCAGUGAUGGCGGCAGCUCCUCUGUCCUGCCUGCUUCCUUCCUCAGUUCAAGUGCUGCGGCGGGGAAGACUACCGCGACUGGAGCAAGAACCAGUACCACGACUGCAGCGCCCCCGGACCCCUGGCCUGCGGGGUGCCCUACACCUGCUGCAUCAGAAACACGACGGAAGUUGUCAACACCAUGUGUGGCUACAAAACUAUCGACAAAGAGCGCCUCAGCGUGCAGAACGUCAUCUACGUGCGGGGCUGCACCAACGCCGUGCUCAUCUGGUUCAUGGACAACUACACCAUCAUGGCGGGCGUCCUCUUGGGCAUCCUGCUCCCCCAGUUCCUGGGGGUGCUGCUGACGCUGCUGUACAUUACCCGGGUGGAGGACAUCAUCACUGAGCACUCUGUCACCGACGGGCUCCUGGGGCCUGGCGCCAAGGCCAGCGUGGAGACCGCAGGCACGGGAUGCUGCCUGUGCUAUCCUGGUUAGGGUGCCCGCCUGGGACGGCGGCUCCAGCAGGACCGUGCCGAACAGCACCUCUCGGUACACACUGUGGGUGGACAGGACUGCAGCCCCUCUGCCACACUCGGCACUGACUGAAGCCCGGGCUGUGUGUGCCUGCCCGUGGUGCCCCUCAGCCACCACCUCCCCCAGGGGGCUUCCCUGCGGCCUGCGGAACAAAGGCGUCCCUUCUCCAGGCCUGGGACCAGGGGCAAGGGGAGCUCAGGGCUCAGCUCCGGCCCGUUUUGUUUCUGCCAGUGCCUUGGCCGGUGGUCCUUAUGCCCCUGCGAGGGCGGUUUUGUAGUGACUUGUAAGUGAGGAGAAAGGGGAGCGUGUGUGUGCGCCCCAGGGAAGGGAGGGGCGGGCUGCAGCCCUGGGCCGCACCCCCAGCCACGCCCGGGGCCAGAUCGGGCCACUUCUCAGCCUCCAGGUGCCUUGAGCCCUCUCCCACAAGCGCUGCUGCUUUGCUGACCCUGGGUUUUUAUGUGAUUUUUGUAACAUCCAUCUUUUGUACAGAUAACAGGAGUUUCUGACUAAUCAAGGCCGGUUAUUCCCCCACCCGCCCUAUUCUUGUCCUCUCCAAGCCAGUUCAUUAAUCAAACAUUAAAGGUAUGAUUUUUUUUUUUU